ACGGAAUAAUUUUCUAGAAGUACUUCUAAAAGUUCUAGAAUAACCAAAUGAAUUUCUUUCUUUUGUUCCAAGAAAGACAUAUCCAACUUGCCAAUCAAGACUUGUUGCCUCUUGGAAUUGACAAAAAAGCAGUUUUCAAAAUAAUAAACCAUUCGAAAACCCCCAACAAUUCCUUAUUAAUACACCCAUUAUAACUUUUCUUCCUUCAUAGUCUUCUUCAAAUCAAUAAUCAUUCUCUAAAAGUUUCCUUUCUACAUCUCUCUAUCUCUUAUUUUUGUCCCUUAAUAUUAUGGCUUCUGACAAGAAAAUUAAGAUUGGAAUCAAUGGCUUUGGAAGAAUUGGUAGAUUGGUAGCAAGGAUUGCUCUUCAAAGGAAUGAUGUUGAGCUUGUUGCUAUUAAUGAUCCUUUUAUUUCUACUGAUUAUAUGACUUACAUGUUCAAGUAUGAUACUGUCCAUGGACAAUGGAAGCACCAUGAAGUUAAGGUCCAGGAUUCAAAGACUCUUCUUUUUGGUGACAAAUCUGUUGCUGUCUUUGCCUCAAGGAAUCCAGAGGAGAUCCCAUGGGGUGAGACUGGAGCUGAAUUUGUUGUUGAAUCUACUGGUGUUUUCACUGACAAAGACAAAGCUGCUGCUCACUUGAAGGGUGGAGCUAAGAAAGUGGUAAUUUCAGCUCCUAGCAAAGAUGCACCAAUGUUUGUUGUUGGUGUUAAUGAGAAGGAAUACAAACCCGAAAUCGACAUUGUUUCUAAUGCUAGCUGCACUACUAAUUGCCUUGCUCCCUUGGCCAAGGUUAUCAAUGAUAGAUUUGGCAUCGUUGAGGGACUUAUGACUACUGUCCACUCCAUCACCGCUACACAAAAAACUGUUGAUGGACCAUCUAGCAAAGACUGGAGAGGAGGAAGAGCUGCCUCAUUCAACAUCAUUCCUAGCAGCACUGGGGCUGCUAAGGCCGUAGGAAAGGUGCUUCCAUCUUUGAACGGCAAGCUAACCGGAAUGUCAUUCCGUGUUCCAACUGUUGAUGUUUCGGUUGUUGAUCUAACUGUUAGGCUCGAGAAGGAAGCUUCAUAUGAGGAAAUUAAAGAUGCUAUCAAGGAGGAAUCCGAGGGCAAUCUCAAAGGCAUUUUGGGCUACACAGAAGACGAUGUUGUAUCUACAGAUUUUCUUGGUGACAGCAGGUCAAGCAUCUUUGAUGCAAAAGCUGGUAUUGCUUUGAAUAAGAACUUCGUGAAGUUGGUUUCUUGGUAUGACAAUGAAUGGGGAUACAGUUCUAGGGUGAUCGACUUGAUCGUGUACAUGGCUUCAGUCCAAGCUUGAUCGUGCUAUAAGAACUUCGCCUCUUUGAAGACAAAAUGAGUUUGCAAUCUGUAGUUUUCCGGUUGAUACUGUUUAAAAGCUUAGAUUUUGUAUGAAGUGCUAAAUAAAUUUGAGGGGUAUACCUGUUUUUUACCCUUGAAGAUGUUUUGAUGGAUUCUUAUUUCACAUAUCUUACAUAUGUUUUGAUGGAAGUUGUUUAUGGACGAGUUUUGUUAUAUGCUAAUUCAGUAUUAAUUUUGUUCA